UCACCAAAGUAAUUUCUCUUCACCACCAAAAACACAUAUUUCAUAGUCACACCACAAAGAUGGCGACCGGUUCAUCGACGACCCAAGUCAUUUUCUUCACAAUAUCCCUUCUCAUGGUCGCUUUCCAAGCAGUCCAUGCAGACUAUUACCGUCCAAGACCACCCGUUAUCCCUACCCCUUACGUCCCUAAGCCAUGGGUCCCACUUCCAACGCCGAGCCCCAAGCCUGUCUAUCGGCCUCCUUACACUCCGCGCCUACCAGCUGGCUCCAUCGCUAGACAGUUCCUUGACCCACAUAACGCUAUUCGGUCUAGACUAGGUUUGCCUCCAUUGGUUUGGGACGGCAAGCUAGCGAGCUACGCGACAUGGUGGGCGAACCAGAGGCGUUACGACUGCUCAAUGACCCAUUCGACGGGCCCAUACGGUGAGAACCUGUUCUGGGGAAGUGGAUCGAGCUGGGCACCAGGAUUCGUGGUGCACUCAUGGGUCGUUGAAGGCAGCUCAUACAACUACAACACCAACUCGUGUGACGGAAGUGGGAUGUGUGGUCACUACACUCAGAUUGUGUGGCGUGACACCAAAAGGCUAGGAUGCGCAAGUGUGGUCUGUGAGAAUGGUGCAGGAGUUUUCAUCACUUGUAACUACGAUCCUCCGGGUAACUACGUUGGCGAGAAGCCUUACUAAGAGAAAAAAAAACACUUUAAACGGUUUUUUUUUGUUUGGUUUCAUUUAAUUUCUUCACAUUUUCUAUUUCAGUAUCCUCGUAAAAUUAAAAUUUUCGAGACAUCUAAUUUGCAUGGAACAUCGUUUUGUUGUUGUUGUUGUUGUUGACGUGUGUAAUGUCCUAACCGUCUUGUCCUCAAAAUUCUGUUGUUUGGCUUUAUUAUGGUAACAUCGUAAAAGAUUGACUAACCGAGUUUUUUUAGCAUAUGGAAAUCAUUUAACUUCAAAAAUAUCCAAUUAUCCAUGCUUACAUUGAUAAAAUGCAUAAUUAAACUGAAGAAACGGAAUUACAAGGCUUCAGUAUUCAGCUAGGACAAAUGUUAGACAUAGCGAAAUGAAAAAUUCUUCUCUAAAUUCGAGGCUUCAUGCCAUUUGUAUAAUAGAAGUCAAGACUUCACCCUCCACCCCCUGCAGUUAUCCUUAUUCAGCUAGGACCAGUGUUAGCCAUAGUGAAAUGAACAUUCUUCUCAUCCCUCAGAUUUUAUAUGGUUAUCAUUUGAUAUCUACAUCAACUAAAAAAUUAUAUGUAUUAAUCAUUUAACCUCAAUCCAUAACACGUUUGAAACCUCAUAAAUUUCAGGGUCGGUCCUCUCUAUCCAGCCGCAUAACUUUCUUAUAUAUCUCCCAAUUUGAUAUUCACUUCUUGUCGACCAGUUUCUCUUUGUUGAUCCCGUAUCUUAUCUUUUGGAUUAUAGAAGAUUCGGAGCUGCAAUCUUAUUAUUUGAAGUCAGAAACCACAUAACUUGAUACUAUUAGUUUUGUCCCACCUAUUGUAAUAAACAUGUAGGCUACACGGCACAUGUAAUAAGCUACAGCUAGAAUGAAAGAAAACACGGUGCAUGGCUCCUACCGGUGAAGGAUUGUUCCUCGUUUUGAUAAAUUUGGAUUAUAUGGGUAAGAAAUCUCGUAGGCACUUACUUCAAUAUUGUUGGAUUGCGUCUAAAAAUAGAAAGGAAUUGCUGAGUCAGGAGGAGAUAUUCGCUACGUAGUUUCCGGAUAAAGGAGUGUUCGAUUACUUUAAGUGACCCCAUAAUAUCACAAAACAAAACAAAAUCUGGCUUACGUUACAUCAUUAUCAGACCAAUUCUUCUUAAUCACUACUUAAUCCCAACCCAUAUAUUUAUCCAACUUCACAAAGCUCUGGCCUGGUGGUUACAUUGAACUUCACAAAGCUCAGGGUUUUGUUCGUUUGGUUGAACACUAUGAAGAAAGUUAAGAUCUUUAUGAUCUUUCUCUGUUUUAACGCAGCGUUCUUUCUAGUGUCCGCUGAGCCACAAACAUGUCCUGCGGAUUCAGGAGGGAAGUGUAGUGGCUCUGAUGAUUGGGAAGGAGAGUUCUUCCCUGAGAUCCCUCAUAUUAAGUAUGAGUUAAGCGAUCAAAACCAUUUCUUUGUGGGUAGUAGGUACUAGUUUAGAUUCUAGUACUUGUUUAUUUGCAUGUGUAGAUUGCUUUGGUUGUUAACGACUUGUUACAGGGACCUAAUAGCAGUAACCCACUUGCUUACAAGUGGUAUAACGCAGAAGAGGAGAUUCCCGGCAAGAAAAUGAAUGAUUGGUUUAGAUUCAGUGUUGCGUUUUGGCUUACUUUCCGAGGGACUGGAGGUGACCCCUUUGGUGCUGCUACCAAGUAUUGGCCCUGGGAAGAUGGUACCAACUCCGUUGCUAUGGUUAAGAGAAGAAUGAGAGCCAACUUUGAGUUUUUGAAGAAACUUGGAGUUGAUUGGUGGUGUUUCCAUGACAGAGACAUUGCCCCUGAUGGCAAUACACUUGAGGAAUCUAACAAAAACUUGGAUGAAGUUAUUGAACUUGCCAAAGAACUCCAAAAGGCGAUUCAUGUUGUUUUAAUCAUCUAAAUUUAGAUGAUAGCUUCUGUAGCCACUUCAUUUUUAAGUUCUUAACUGAUGAAAACACUCUCUUUAGUUUGAUUGAUGAAGUUCUUCUUUCUCUUUAUUGCAGGAAACCAAGAUUAGACCAUUGUGGGGAACGGCUCAGCUUUUCUUGCAUCCUCGAUACAUGCACGGAGGAGCAACUAGCUCUGAGGUUGGAGUCUAUGCCUAAGCUGCUGCGCAAUUGAAGAAGGCCAUGGAGGUGACACAUUACUUGGGCGGUGAAAACUAUGUAUUCUGGGGUGGUCGUGAAGGUUACCAGACGCUCUUGAACACUGAUAUGGGAAGAGAGCUUGAUCAUAUGGCCAGGUUCUUUCAAGCUGCUGUUGCUUACAAGAAAAAGAUUGGAUUCAACGGUAUGUCUUUAGUCUUCUUCUUUUUCUGUCCAUCACUGAUAGCCUACGGCUAUUGACCGAACCUCCCGAACUAAAUUAAAAAGUUUGGUUUUCGGUUCAAUUCGGUUAGGAGGUUCGGUUCGAUUCGGGAAGUAAAAAGAAAUUAGUUUUUGGUUCGGUUUGGUUUAGUUAAUUCGUUUUUUAAAGUAGAAACUAUACCCACCUUAACCAAAAUUUUGAACCAAAAUAAACAAAUUUAACUUCUUCCUUUUUUUUUUAUUUUUAACAAAUUUAAACCUAAAAUUAACCGAAUUCAAAAACUUUGGUAGAAAUUUUUGAAAUUGAACUAACGAAAACCAGAAAUUUUCGAAUUCAAUACAGCGAGACUUCUACCAAACUAAACUAACUGAAUUUCGAACUAACCGACCCGACUCGAAAAAAAACAAAUAUCCGAAUCCGCAGGCCUAACUACUGGUAUGUGAUAUAAUCUUGUUAUCGUCGGGCACACUUCUAAUCGAGCCCAAGCUUCAAGAACCAACCAAGCACCAGUAUGACUGGGAUGCUGCAACAUCUGCCAAUUUCCUGAGGAAAUACGAACUUAUUAACGAGUUUAAACUCAACAUUGAGUGUAACCACGCCACGCUGUCCGGACACACCUGUCAUCACGUUAGAGAAAUUAACCUAAGUUUGUAUAUGUAUUAUAUUAUGAUACCGUUGGAGUCUUACUACGAAGUCGAGUAAGUUUUUGUGCCUCAUAGCAAAAAUAAAUGCUGAAAAAGUACUUGCCGCUCAAUUUAGCAACUUCAGGUAUUUGUUGACAAAAACUUAGAAACAAAGAUAACAAUAGUUGAGAAAGUAUAUAUGGACUAGGUAUCCGUAUAAUUGCUAUGAAAUAGUUGUGAUAGACUUUGUUUUUUUUUUCAUUUCUAAUUUGCGACGACCCCAUUUACAUAUUACAAUAAUCGUGUCUAUUUGUCGUCACACGAAUGAUGAAUCUAAUUGCUACAUACUUUGUUGUUGACGAAUUAAGUUUAUAUAUGUAUUAUGUAUAUACUGAUAAAAUGGUCGGCAAAAAGUAUUAAGUCUUUUCUUUUGUCGAUUUGUGGCCGAAAGUCGAGUCUCGUGAAAGGUCUCAUUAUAACAAAUGAUAAUGUUAAUUAUAU